UCGAAGAGCCUCCUCCGCCUUUAGCAUGAAAAUGACUGGCAUUAAGAUCGUUUUGCAGUUGGCUGCAGUUGCUCUGGUGUGCAACAUGGACUCGGCGAUUGCUGAGCCUCUUCCUGUUGCUCUUCCUCUUCCUCUUCCUGACCCUGUAGCUCUUCCUCUUCCUCUUCCUGACCCUGUAGCUCUUCCUCUUCCUCUUCCUGACCCUGUAGCUCUUCCUGUACCUGGCCCUGAUGCUCCUCCCGUCUCUCUUCCUGAUCAUCCUUUUCCUCAAGAUUCCCCAAAGACUGAAGAUGUGUGAGAGCGGCCCUUCGUCGUCCUGAACAGCUGAUCUUGACCCAGACCAUUUCUCCUGCAAAUGAAAUAAAUGCUUUUAGUUGC